UGCAGCGGGGUGUAGGCGAGGGCAGGGGGAGUGGGCGAAGCUGCUGGUUGGUGCCUGAAAUCUGUGCGUUGCCCCUUUAAUUGUGUCCUUAGCCCUCGGGCGUUUCUGUCCAACGCCCACGUCAGCAAAUACCUUUUGUUUCUCUCACGUUGGGGCUACUUGUUUUAGGGCGCAAAGGAACGGCUUCGAAAGGGGGCAUUUCCCUUGCGGAGGACCGCGAAGCUUCCUCCAGCCUGCGCGCGCGGCCCGCGGACAAUCCUUCAUACCCACUGUGUUUGCCUUGGAAUCUUCCCUUUUUGUAUUGCAUUCAGUUGACUUAGCCAGGUUUCAAGAGCAGCAUUUAUAAAUUUCCAGAAUGGAGAUCUCCUCUCAUCAGUCUCAACUCUUGCAACAACUGAAUGAGCAGCGCCGGCAAGACGUGUUUUGUGACUGCAGUAUUCUAGUUGAAGGGAAGGUCUUCAAAGCACAUCGAAAUGUGUUAUUUGCUAGUAGUGGCUACUUUAAAAUGCUGCUUUCUCAGAAUUCAAAGGAGACUAGCCAGCCGACCACAGCUACGUUUCAGGCUUUCUCCCCUGACACUUUUACAGUCAUCCUGGACUUCGUCUAUUCCGGCAAACUCUCUCUUACUGGUCAGAAUGUCAUAGAAGUGAUGUCAGCUGCCAGCUUCCUUCAGAUGACUGAUGUCAUUAGCGUAUGUAAGACCUUUAUUAAAUCUUCAUUAGACAUUAGCGAGAAAGAAAAAGAUCGCUAUUUCAGUCUCUCCGAUAAAGAUGCCAAUUCUAAUGGUACAGAACGUUCCUCUUUUUAUAGCGCUGGCUGGCAAGAAGGCAGCGGUUCUCCACAUUCUCACCUGAGCCCAGAUCAAGGAACAGGUGUAAUAAGCGGGAAAUCUUGGAAUAAGUAUAAUUACCAUUCAGUUUCCCAAAGGAAUAUUCAGCAACCCAUGGCCAAGCAUGAACAAAGGAAAGAUUCCAUUAAAAAGUCCAAACAUCCAAGGUUGUCACAGCUUUCCGAAAUUGCUCAUUGUAAGUCAAGCAAGCGAGAGGCACGAACAUCUGAUUCUUCCAGCCACGUUUCCCAGUCUGAAGAGCAAGUACAGAUUGAUGCUGAAAUGGACUCUACUCCUCUUGGCUGUCAGUACGGUCAAGGCUCUGAUGUCACAUCAAGAAGUUUUCCAGAUGAUCUGCCCAGGAUGAGAUUCAAGUGCCCAUACUGCACACAUGUGGUGAAGCGGAAAGCAGACCUAAAGCGCCACCUUCGUUGUCAUACCGGAGAACGGCCCUAUCCAUGUCAAGCCUGCGGAAAAAGAUUUAGCAGGCUAGACCACCUAAGUAGCCAUUUUCGAACAAUUCACCAGGCAUGCAAACUGAUCUGCAGAAAAUGCAAACGCCACGUGACUGAUCUAACAGGUCAAGUGGUCCAGGAAGGAACCCGGCGCUACAGACUCUGUAACGAGUGCCUUGCUGAAGUUGGCAUAGACAGCCUCCCCAUGGACCUGGAAGCUGAACAGCGUCUUAUGUCCCCAUCAGAUGGAGAUAAGGAUCCCAGAUGGCACUUGGGUGAAGAUGAGAAUAGAUCGUAUGUGGAGAUUGUAGAGGAUGGGUCUGCUGAUCUGGUCAUACAACAGGUUGACGACAGUGAAGAAGAAGAAGAAAAGGAAGUGAAGCCCAGCAUCAGGUAGCUGAACGCGAACCAACAGAGCCCGCGUGUCUGCAGCUGGCACUGACUUCCUGUGUCUGUCUCUCUCUUUUCCAUGGUCAGAGGCUGGUUAACGAAUUGUCAGACUGACUUGAAGGAAAUGACCUGGUACAACUUGCAUGCUUUCUGAACAGGCCCUUGUAUCCAUUCUGAACUUUGUUGCCCUAAAAUAUGUUGCUGCACUGGAAAGAAAGACCUAGCUUGAGUUGGCAGGAUAGGUGAACGAUUAAUCCUCUUACUUUCAUUACAGAGAUGCCUUUUUUCUUUUAAUAUUGGAAGAUCUACUUAGCAAACCCUUUUCAAAGAAAAUAUUUUAAAUAAAUUUACCACAACCAAACUUUA